UGGUUUGCCUCAAUCAGUUGUUUAGCACAAUAAAAUCUGCCCCGUUACUUUGCUCCGAAAGAUGAUCUCCCUUCUCAGUUUACAUUGUGAUGUUGUAGCGCUUCGUCCAAGGAGCUGAUUUUGUUUCCGUUGCAGUUUGCAGUCUGUGGAAACAAUCAGCGGCCCUCUGUGCUCUCAUCAUAAUGCACCCGAUGCCCGUGUGCUCCGUCAGCGGUGGAGACAUAUUUGACUGUAUACAGAGAGGAAAUAUUGAACAGUGUAUACUCAUCAUUCAAAAUGACCGAUCAGUCCUCAAGCAAAAAGGCUGGGGUGGUUUCACCCUACUCCACUACGCUGCCCUCCAUGGUAACCGUGCCCUGGUUGACCUUUUCCUUAGUAAUGGAGCUAACCCUAACCUGACAUGUGAUGCAGGACAGACAGCCUUUCAUUUUGCCUGCAGGCAAGGGAACAUCUAUAUUAUACACCAAAUGAUGCAGUAUGGAGCUGAUUUACGCCUCAUAGACCUGCAGGGAAAAACAUCACUGCACCAUGCAGUCACUGGGGGCAAUAUUGUUGCAGUUCAUUAUCUGUGGGAGACAGGAAUGUUCCGGUUCUCAGACACAGACAUGUACCAGGUGACACCCCUACACUUGGCUGCAUCCACCGGCAACACAGAGGUGGUCCGGUAUUUGCUCAGAGACCAGAGAUGUGCUGUGGAUGCGGUUGACCAGCAGGGAGCGACAGCGCUUCAUGUUGCAGCAGAGAGGGGUGUAGUGGAGGUGUGCUGGACACUGCUGCAGAGAACAGGAUGCGGGAUGCUCCAUCAGAAGAACCAUGGUGGCCUCACACCACUGGAUCUCAGCAAACAGGGGAAAACAUUUAGACAUCAGCAACUCACUAAACUACUGAGUCGACACAUUAAUGAGCCAAUACACCACAAGCCCAGAGAGUCUCAUGUUCUAUAUUACUGGACGAUGUUUUUUCCAACUAUGAGUGGAGCUGCCAUCCUGCUAAUAGCAGCCAUGUUGGGGGGAUACGGGGGUCUAAUCUGCGGCUUGCUCUUCCCCUGGCUGGCCAGAAGCAUCUUCACACAGUACCACCGCAUGACAACAUACCAAAGGUUGCCCAACCCAAUCUACUUAGGAACCCUCAUAGCUGGCUUGUUCCAUUCUCUGCUCUGCUUCUAUGGGAAAAUAAUGCUUAGCGUGUGGCCAAACAGUCCUCUGGUCCAGGUGUCUAUGGUCCACUUCUCCCUAGUCUUCGGUUUAUUCUGUAAGAUUCUGACACAGGACCCCGGGACACUGGACAGAGCAGAUGCAGAUCCUCGAUUCUCCUGUAUCGCUGACUUGGUGGAGAACAACCAGAGCCCUCACCGGUUCUGUCCAUACUGUGAGUUGUUUCAGCCUGACUACACUAAACACUGCAAGCUGUGUGAGGUGUGCAUUAAAGACUAUGACCAUCACUGCCUUUUCCUCAACCGGUGUGUCGGCCGGGGUAACCACCGUCUCUUCCUCUUCUUCAUCCUCUCCAUGGUGAUUGGCCACCUUCUUUUUGUUGCCACAGCAACAAGUUACCUGUAUGACAAGAUGCCCGCAGGCAGCCGCAGCUUGUCACCGUGGCUCACAUUGUUAGGGGAGGAAUUCUGGGUUGUGGUCAUGAUGGUUAUGAAUGCACUGACACUUUUGUGGGAGGUGUGGCUACUGACAGAGCAGUUUGAAGCCAUCGCCACGGGAACGACCACCUACUUCAAACAGUGUGAGAACUCAGCACGACAGAGGUCACUAGGGCAGCGCUGGGUUAUAGUGCUGUCAUUUCUGCUGGAGGGUCGAAGACGGGUGGGCAGCGGGCAAACAAGAGAGGACAAAACUGCCAUAGACAUUUAAAACUGUCCUGUAUGCAGCUGUUGUCAUCAUUGCUCACUAUACAUUCUCAGUUUACAGAGUCUUUGACGUGCACUCAACUUUGUGAUAAUGUCCUCUUUAGAUGCAGUAACUCUAAUGCCAUAUAACAUGUUGUACUUGAAUGUAAAAUUUGUUCAUAUCCUAAUAUUCUAUUUUAAUACACAGUAGCCUAUACAGUAGAUUUGUCCACAAUGUGGCUAGCAGGAUAACUACCACUAAGAGUUUAGUCGUUCAUCUAGUUUUUAGAGACCUCACUGAACACUUUUAAGAUAACAGUGUUUUUGAUUAACUUGUUGGUCAGCAUUGUUCUGUGUGAAGUACUGGAUAUUUCUAAAACUGUGUUUUAGCAGGAAACACCACUGAUGACAUGAAUACUCACAUUCACAGCUGUAUUUUUCUAUUCCACAUUAUCUCCAUACUUUUUUUUUAAACAUCAUUGUUACUGUUGCUUUAAAUAAAAGUGUAACUCAUACUGUAGAUCAAGGUUAUGAAGAUUUUUGUACUCAGAACAUUAGCAAGUUCUGUGAUUAGCUAGUGAUGAUGGUUAAUAACAGGUGCAGUGAAAAAGACUUUGUUCCUAACAUAAUGUCAUUACCUCGCUGACCUGCUCCCGGUCAUUUGUGCCAUGACACUUCCUCUGCUCUCGCUAAUGGGACAUGCUCUUUUCAUGCCUUCAAUUACACACACUCAUUUCCUAUGUGUCCCUCAGGACCAUAUUUCUAGAUUAUAGAUGAUCUUCCCCACACCCCUCAGAGGCUGGUGUGCUGGACAAUGUGAGUGGCUGUGUCAUGUGAUAUAAUUUAGUGUCUACCGCCUGUUAUGCAUAUGGAGUAAUUAAGAUGAGUGCAUGUAAGCCUAUGAGUGCUUUUACUGUAUUCCCCCAUCCCUGGAUCAGUGUUAUUGUAUUUAACUGGCUGCCACUUGUCGAUAUCACAGUAUAUUUUAUAUGUACUGAUGUAUUUUAUCUCUGGUGACAGUUUCUUUUGGUUUCUAAGAUGAUACCUCAUAUGUGCCAUGACGUGUUUUCUAUGCUGUAGGAAAAAUCUGUUUAAAAAAAUAAAACUCACUUAAAUCUGC